AUGUAUAGCACUCUUGCAGAACCUCAUGGCUCGGGUAGUCUGAUCGAAAAUGACGAUUCCAUUUAUGCUGAAAAAUUCUGCUUACCAGCGACGCGUAGUUCUUGUCAGGAGGACGAAAUAUUCAUACUUCACGUGCAGAAGAAAAUUGGCAAUGCCGCCAUUGACGUUAAGACGGCGAACAGUAUCACCGGCUGCUUGCAGCACUGCUUGGAAUUGAAAAGAUGCAAGUCAGCGGGUUUUGACUCAGAACAUCGUCGUUGCUAUCUGUACGAGAUUAGUGUUGGCGAUUCACCGAAUAUAGUGGUUCCGGCAGACGCUGGAUGGGUGCUCAUCGAAAGCGGUUGCAAAAAUGUGCGACGGAAAUCGGCUGUUCGAAGCUAUCAUCAGUUUGAUACGGAUGUGAUCGAUUCAACUGAGAUUCAGUGGGCGGAAUGGUCACUAUGUCAGUUCAAGGAAAACGGCAAGAUGAUGCGUAUCCGAACAAGGAACUGUGGAGAUGACUGUCCUGAUGGCGGCAUGCAGAUCGAAUUCUGCUAA